AUGCAUUUCAAUGAUUCUGGUAUUGAAUUAAUUAAAGGUGAUGAAUGGGUACAAUUUUACCAUACAUUUCUCAACAACCCGAUGGCAAAAUCAAUGAUUGAAGAUAGAGUUAAACUGGGUCAAAUUAUUGAAUUCAAUGGUCGUUUUGGUUUAAAUAAAUCACAUAUGAAUGGUACCAUAUAUGAAUCUGGAAAAAAAACGACAAAUAAAUCAGGUCAACAGGAAGUUGAAGAAAAUUUGUACCUUGGUAGUGUUAUCAAUAAUGCAUUUUCAGAUCAGUCAAAUCUACUUGCAUCAUCAUCUUCUGAUUUUCUUCCACCAAGACCAACAACAGAUGAAUCACCAAUGGAAAUUGAAACUUUCGAAUUAUGUAUUGAUAAAGAAAAUAUGGUUGAUGCUUUUCAUCCAAUAGAUGACAAUUCUAAUCCACCACGUCAUUCAACACCGAUCAAUAAUAAAAAUAAUUCUUCUUCAACAAUUUUACCUGUUGAUCCUGUAACAUCAUCUUCCAAUCUACCUGAUGGUAAUGGAAUUAUGAUUUUGUCUUCUGUGAUUAAUAAUGGUUGUUCUUCAUCACCAAUCAAUCGAAAUUCUUUAAUUCAAUCCAUUUCAACCGAUUUUUCUUCUCCAUUACAACUGAUGUCAAGUAAUUCGAUUAACAAAAUCAUAGAAGUAUUAAAUAGUUCGUCGAUUCAACUUGGUUUAACAAGUCCAAAUUGGUUUAUUUCAAUUGUAGAUAUUAUGGAGCAUCAUCAAAGUCAUGAAGACAAACAACCAUACAUCGAUGAUACAAUUAAAGAAAAUUUAAUUGCAGAUGUCGUCGUCGAUGUACUUCAAGAUAUGAUUAAUCUUAUUUCAAUUGCACAGGUUACUGUUGCAGAUAGGUCAUUGGUCAUUUCAAAAAUUGCUAAAGUUGUUGAAAAUGAUAAGCAUCCAAUUUGGAAAAAAUUGAUAUUAAACAAGCAUGUAUUAGCAACAUCAAGUGAUCUCUCACGAACUGUAACCGGUAGUGAUGGGAUUAAUGCAGCACGUCAGAGCUGUAUUGAAAAACUCUUGGAUAUUGGUUGUUUUUUAAAUGGUGAUUCUUUUCUAAAUGGAAAACAAAAAGCUUUUUUGAAAAAUUCCCCUGAAGAUGAUCGACUUAUUUCAGCACUUAAUAAAUAUGACAUUGAUAUAAAUGAAUACAAAGAAUCGUUUAAUAAUCAUCUUCCUUUUAUAUACAAGAAUGGCAUACCAGUUCCUGCUGUUUUAAACAACAAUACCAACAAAAACAAAUUUACACAAGCAUUUGUUGACAAGCUUCAAUCUGAUCCAUUUUAUUCUGCUUAUCUUCGAAUCGAUCUGAAUCAUGUGGUAAAGCCCUCAUUGUUAAAAAGAAAAACCACAUCAAGUUAUGAAACAGAUUUUUUUCGUGCACAAAAAGUUGCAAAACGAGCACAUCACGAAAAACAUGAUUAA